AUGGCAAAAAGGAAAGCGGGUGUGAACAAUAUUAUUUACGAAUUGGAUAACGAGGACAUUGAAGUCAGCAGUGACGAUGAGGUUAAAGAACCCAAAACGAAACGUUUGGAGACGGUCAUCAGCCCUAACACAAUUACUACUGAUGAUAAAAUCGAAGAAACUGGUAUCGAAAAUGUUACUGUUGAUAAAUCCGAUGUUAAAGUUAGCGAUGUUGCAUCGUCCACGAUUAUUCAGAAUGGAGGGAAAAUGUCAGUUGAUUUUGUUAGCGUUGAAUCACAAAACGUUUUGGAUUCCGUACAGAAUGAAGACGUCGUCGACUGCGUUAAGAAACCUAUCACAGAAAUCUGCAAAACUACUAUUCUUAAUGAAGAUAUUGUUAUAGAUUCGCCUGGUAACAGUGACUUAGGAGUAGAGGGCUGUGAAAAUAAAACACCACUCAUUACCGUGAGAUUUAAAAAUAAUAAAUUGGCAGUUAAUUAUAAACAGCAGAUUAAGGCAUUUAUGUUAAAUUUAAUUAGACAACAUGAAGGUGAUAGUCAGGUUUCUGACAGUGAGACUGAUCUAGAACUAGAUAUUUGGCCUGAAGAUUUAAAUGAAGAAUUGCCUGACAUUGCAGAAGAGAAAGUAGAAGACAAUUUGUUUUUUGUGGACACAGAUCCAGGUGAUGAUAGGUGUGAUGAUGUACCAAGAUACAGUCAGACAUCAACUGUGAUUUCCAACGUACCUGAAAAAGAGCCAACUCCUCCACCAGCCCACCGAGGACGCAGUUGUUUUAAUUGUGAUGGCAAUCAUGGACUUAGAGAUUGUCCAAAACCAAAGGAUUUUGCUAGGAUAGCAAAUAAGAGAAAGAAUUUGCCAGUUAGAGUUGGACGUUACCAUGUAGAAGAUGAGCAAAAAUUUGGCCAUUUGAUACCUGGAAGACUAUCAGGACAGUUGCGUCAUGCACUAGGACUCAAAAGACACGAGUUACCAUUACAUAUCUAUAGAAUGCGGUUGUUAGGAUACCCCCCAGGUUGGUUAGAAGAGGCGAGGAUAUCGCAUUCUGGAAUAGCCAUGUUUGAUUCAUCAGGCAACGCGAUUUUGGAAGCAGAUGAUGAAGAAGGUGAAUUUAUAGAGCCAGGCUCAAAAGAUAAGUUUGACAUCAAGAAAAUAUUAGACUUUCCUGGAUUUAAUGUAUUGCCUAGUCCAAGAUAUAAAGAGGAGGCACAUAUAAUGGGUCUUCCCCCCAUGGCUGAUCAGGACAGCAAGAUGGCAAUGCUCCAGUUUCUAGCCCCAAAUGCAAUGAAGGCAUACAAACGCAAGAAGCUGACAAUGUUCCCUUCAGCAGACUCCAAGAAUACCACGAUAGAAGGUCAGACUGAAAUGGAGCUGGACAGUGGUGAUGAAUUAACUGAGUUUCCUUCAGUUCCCCCGCUCCCUGAUGAAGCUCCGCCUCCACCUCCUCCACCACCAAGUUGCCCUCCGCCUGUAUACACUCCACCGCCCUUGCCAACUUCUAGUCCACCUCUGCCAUCCCCACAGAAGGAAGAUCAGAAAGAAGAGGAUAGAAAUUCUGAGGAUGAUGUUGAAGUAAUUGAGGUUCUAAAAGUUGGAGACAUUCCCAUACCCAUGGCUGAUUUCAUUGUAAUUGAUGAGGAUGACAGUGAGGUGGAUAAAACAGAGAGUAGUAGUCGCGCCAGCCCGUCUCUGGAUGACUUGGAGGCAAAGAAGCAGCUAUUACUUAAUGCUCUAGAAGUAACUGAUAUUACUGUGAUAGAUAAGACUGAAGAGUCGCUAGAAGAGAUCACAGAUAUUUCAAUUAAUGAUGCUAAAGAAAAUGAGGACAAGAGGAAAAUUAUUGACAAAGUUUCUGACGAUAACACAAUUGAGGACAAAGCCGGUGACGACAAUGAAAAUGCCGAAAAAGUUACUGACGAUAAUGCAAAUGCUGACAAUAUAAUAGAUGAUAUAAAUACUGAUAAUAAUGGGACUGCUAACACAAAUGCUCCCGAAGUUAUUGUUAGAGCCACGAAUGAUGAAAAUGUUUCUGACAAAGAUGCAAAUGUAGGUGAUACUUCUGUCAGUAACAAACCAGAAAUCCCAAUUUUAGAAAGGAAUUCUCAGGAUACUUCACCAAGUAUUCCAACACAAGUAGUAAACACACAAGAAUCAAGUUCUCAAGUUGUGGAUACACAAGUGCCCCUGUCAGAUUCGCAAGUUAUUGACUCGCAAGAAACAAAUUCAAGUUGUGAAGUAAAAAGCAUACAGGAUUCCUCAUUAAGCUCUCAACUUCUGGAUUCACAAGAAUCUGUGAUAAACUUAUCACAGCUCAUGGCAAGCCCGACCAAUUUUGAUUCUAGCAUAGCUAAGACUCCUGACAGUAAGACUGGACUCGUUAAAGAUACCGAAUACGGUACCCCAGUUUUAAACAUUGCUUCAUCAUAUGUUAAACUGCCGUCAGACGAUAAAUUCGCUAAAAACAUUUGUGACAUCAUUAAUUUCGAGAACCUUCCAAACUCAACAGGAAAGUACAAAAAAAUAAGUGCAUUAUUAAAAAAAGUUAAAAGUGAAGUUGAUAGAAUACAAGACUCAUGA